AUGACGAAUUCACAUAGACACCAACAUCAGCAGUACCACGCCCAUAUUCAUCUGUCUCACCAUCCCGCGUCUCAGCAAGGAAUUCACCAUCAGCAACAGCAACAGCAACAGCAGAACUUACGCCACUACAACAAUUCUCACCUGCAGCAACACCAGUUACGUCAACAGCAGCAGCAGCAACAGCAGCAACUGUUGCUACAGCAACAAUUCCAACAGCAUCAAUCCCAGCAGCAUCCAUCGCAACUGGCGCCACCGAUAACAAACCAUAACAGUUAUCAUCAGCAUAGUCAUCUUUUACAUCGACCACAGAACCAAUCGCAGCAACAACCGCCACAUCCGUACACCAUGGAAGCACUGCUCAAUUAA